UCCCGCCCGCCUCUCCGGACCCGGGCCGCCGCUGGCGCGGGAGCGCGGUGACGGGAAACUUCGCCUUCCAUUGUCGUUGCUGAUCCUCGCGCGCUGAGAGCUGCGCGUGUGAGGGAAAAAUGUCCUUCUUCAAUUUCCGUAAGAUCUUCAAGUUGGGGAGCGAGAAGAAGAAGAAGCAGUACGAGCACGUCAAGAGGGACCUGAACCCCGAGGAGUUCUGGGAGAUCAUAGGGGAGCUGGGCGACGGAGCAUUCGGGAAGGUGUACAAGGCCCAAAACAAGGAGACUAAUGUUUUAGCUGCUGCAAAGGUAAUUGACACCAAAUCUGAGGAAGAACUUGAAGAUUACAUGGUUGAGAUUGAUAUAUUAGCAUCUUGUGAUCACCCAAACAUCGUCAAGCUUCUAGAUGCUUUCUAUUAUGAGAACAACCUUUGGAUCCUCAUUGAAUUUUGUGCAGGUGGAGCCGUAGAUGCUGUGAUGCUUGAACUGGAGAGACCUCUAACUGAAUCCCAAAUACAAGUAGUUUGCAAGCAGACUUUAGAGGCAUUGAAUUAUUUACAUGAUAAUAAAAUCAUCCACAGAGAUCUAAAAGCUGGCAACAUUCUGUUUACCUUAGAUGGAGAUAUUAAGUUGGCCGAUUUUGGAGUAUCAGCUAAAAACACGAGGACAAUUCAAAGAAGGGAUUCCUUUAUUGGCACACCAUAUUGGAUGGCUCCUGAAGUGGUCAUGUGUGAAACAUCAAAGGACAGGCCAUAUGACUACAAGGCUGAUGUGUGGUCCCUGGGCAUCACUUUAAUAGAAAUGGCUGAGAUAGAACCACCUCAUCAUGAGUUAAAUCCAAUGCGAGUACUGCUCAAAAUAGCCAAAUCCGAGCCCCCUGCAUUAGCACAGCCAUCAAGAUGGUCUUCAGAUUUUAAGGACUUUCUAAAGAAAUGCUUAGAAAAGAAUGUGGAUGCCAGGUGGACUACGUCACAACUACUGCAGCAUCCCUUUGUGACUAUUGAUUCCAACAAACCAAUCCGAGAGCUGAUUGCAGAGGCAAAGGCAGAAGUAACAGAAGAAGUUGAAGAUGGCAAAGAGGAAGAUGAUGAUGAGGAAAUAGAAAAUACUCUGCCGAUACCUACAAAUAAGCGUGCCUCCUCUGACCUUAGUAUUGCCAGCUCUGAGGAAGACAAAUUUUCACAGAAUGCUUGUAUUUUGGAAUCUGUCUCAGAAAAAACAGAACACAAUGCUUCUGGAGAUAAAUUUAGCAGCAAAGUUCUUAAUGAAGGACCUUGUGCUGAUGAUAAAACUGUGGAGGGUCUUGAGGGACAUGUGAAUGAUGCACACUCAGGAGCUGCGGCUGAGCUCCCUAGUCCGACAGCAGUUCUCCAGGAGGAUGGAAGGAAAGAGAAGAGACCCAAGCUUGACGGUCUGCCUGACACAGAAGACCAAGAAAUGGUGGACCUUGAUUUAGUCAGCGAAGGAAAAGAGAAAAAUACAGUUACUUUAGAAACAAAUGUUGAAAACAGUUUGAAACCCGAGGAAAAAAGGGAUCAGGAAAAGCAACAGCUACCUGAGAAUAAACUUGUAAAAUCUGAAGAUAGUAAAGAUACCACUAUUCAGACAGUUGAUUUAGUGUCUGAAGAGACAGGAGAAAAAGAGGUAGAUAUCCACGUAAUUGACAGUGGAGUCUUGCAUACCAAGGAAGACACACAAGAGAAGUUGGGAAAAGAUGACAAAACUCAAAACGAAGUGAUCAGUGACACAAGCAAUAUAGCAGAGAGAAGUGAAGACAUAGGUGUUGCUCAGAAGGCAGUUGAAAACAGCACCCAGGAUGUCCAGAGUAAUGAUGGGAAAGAAGUGGUUGAAGCAGCCCAGAAAUUAAUAAAUGAGGUCACAGAGGAUCCUGAGGCUGAUGGUACUGAAGAAGUUCCUCCUGUUACCGAAAUCAUAGAGACUAAUGACAUAGAUAAAAAAUCUGUGGAAAAUAAAUAUGAGAAACAAUUAAUCAGCAAUGCAGAGAACAUACUAGACACCAGUGAGGAGCCAGGGACAAAUGAAGUUGAAAAAGUUACUGAGUCAAGUAGCACUGAAGAAGUAGCGAUGAAAACUGCAGUGAUUGAUACUGAUGAAGAGGCUGUCAGAAGUGAAACUCAGGGCGCUCAUAAAGCUAGUACUCAGCUAGACACAGGACAGAAAGAGAUCCCACAUGAAGUGCCAGCCAAAACAGAACCUCAGGUUCCUGCAUCUUCACAACCCGGUGAGCCUCAGCCUGUUCCAGUUCCCAGUAUUAAUAUCAACUCCGAAGAUACAGAAAAUAAAGGAGAUAUAGGUGCUUUAUCAAAAACUGAAACCAUACUACUACCAGAAUCUGAGAAUCAAAAGGAAAAUGACACUGAUUCAGGCACUGGUUCCACUGCUGAUAACAGUAGCAUUGACUUGAAUUUAUCCAUCUCUAGCUUCCUAAGUAAGACUAAAGACACUGGGUCGAUAUCUUUACAAGAAACAAGAAGACAGAAAAAAACAUUGAAGAAAACACGCAAAUUUAUUGUUGAUGGUGUAGAAGUGAGUGUCACAACGUCAAAGAUAGUUUCAGAUAGUGAUUCUAAAACUGAAGAGUUGCGGUUCCUCAGACGUCAGGAACUUCGAGAAUUAAGAUUUCUUCAAAAAGAAGAGCAGAGAGCCCAACAGCAACUCAAUGGCAAACUACAGCAACAACGAGAACAGAUUUUUCGGCGUUUUGAGCAAGAAAUGAUGAGUAAAAAGCGACAGUAUGACCAGGAAAUUGAGAAUCUAGAAAAGCAGCAGAAACAGACUAUUGAACGAGUAGAACAAGAGCAUACAAAUCGCUUGCGAGACGAAGCCAAACGCAUUAAAGGAGAACAAGAAAAAGAGCUGUCCAAAUUUCAGAAUAUACUAAAGAAUCGAAAGAAGGAGGUUUUAAAUGAAGUGGAGAAAGCACCCAAAGAUCUGAGAAAAGAGCUCAUGAAACGCAGGAAAGAGGAGCUUGCACAAAGCCAGCAUGUUCAGGAACAAGAUUUUGUUCAGAAGCAGCAACAAGAAUUAGAUGGCUCUCUUAAGAAGAUCAUCCAGCAACAGAAGGCAGAGUUGGCCAACAUUGAGAGGGAGUGCCUGAACAACAAGCAGCAGCUCAUGAGAGCUCGAGAAGCUGCAGUUUGGGAGCUUGAAGAAAGACAUUUACAAGAAAAGCACCAGCUGCUCAAACAGCAACUUAAAGACCAAUAUUUUAUGCAGAGACAUCAGCUUCUUAAGCGCCAUGAAAAGGAAACUGAGCAAAUGCUGCGUUACAAUCAACGGCUCAUUGAGGAACUGAAAAACCGACAGACUCAAGAAAGAGCAAGACUGCCCAAGAUUCAGCGCAGUGAAGCCAAGACCCGAAUGGCCAUGUUCAAGAAGAGUUUGAGGAUCAACUCAACAGCUACACCAGAUCAGGACCGUGACAAAAUUAAACAGUUUGCUGCGCAAGAAGAAAAGAGGCAGAAAAAUGAGAGAAUGGCCCAGCAUCAGAAGCAUGAAAACCAAAUGCGGGAUCUUCAGUUGCAGUGUGAAGCCAAUGUCCGAGAACUGCAUCAACUACAGAACGAAAAAUGCCACCUGUUGGUUGAGCAUGAGACUCAGAAACUGAAGGAAUUAGAUGAGGAACACAGCCAAGAAUUAAAGGAAUGGAGAGAGAAGUUGAGGCCUCGGAAAAAGACACUAGAAGAAGAGUUUGCCAGGAAACUACAGGAACAGGAAGUGUUUUUUAAAAUGACUGGGGAGUCGGAGUGCCUUAACCCAUCGACACAGAGCCGGAUUUCCAAAUUCUACCCUAUUCCUAGCUUGCAUUCCACUGGAUCAUAACAGUGGGAUACUCUAUUGGGCUUGGCUUUCUUAAAUAUGUCAUUCUGUUCCCUUCAUCUUCCGCCACCAUCUGUCUCAAGUAGCUCACAAAGACAAUCACCGGACUCACCUUUUAGGUGGUUUUGUUUUGUUUUAAGCAAAGAUGAAGGGAAAAGGAACUAUGACAGAUGCUAAGCCAUGUUGGCAAGGUAGCAUCCUGCAGUAAUUCCCUAAGGUGAUUUGUAUAUUAACCUUAAAUAUGGUAUUCUUUAGACACUGUUACUGAAAAACUGUUAGAGAAAUAAUGUUUAAAGUUAUUGAAGAACUGUUACAUCACUAAGUAUUAAUAUCUUUUUACCGGACCUACCUUCUCAGUGAUACCUAAAUUCUAUAGUUGGAACUUUGCUGUAAAGAAUUGGAAUAAUUAUCUUCUCGUAAAUAAGCAGCACUCAUAAAAAAAGCUAUGAGGUGCUCAAAACAUGCUAUUGACUCAGUAAAUACAAAUAUUUUAUCAUUUAAUAGGAACAAACUUUUAAAAGAGAAAAAUUAUUUCAGUAAUUUGUUUUAAACAUUGCCUGAUUGGGCAGGCACUAAUAAUUGAGGUGCUGGUUUUAUUAAGAUAGUGCCUAAUUUUCAGUCACAUUCAAAAAUAGGAUUUUCUUUUUUAUCUUCAGGGACAAAACACCCUUAGCAUUCAACAUUAUUGUUUUUAAAAUCUUGUUCCUGUUACCGUUUUCAUUCUAAAAUAUAUGUUGUACAGAGUUUGGGAUGACAGGGGGAAAAAGGGUGUUUUAAAAUGUGCAAAUUGGAAAUGGAGAACUCCCUAUGUUACAAGUAAUAUAGGUUUAGCUGUCCUAUUUUAUUUCCUAAAAUAAGACAUGAACUGUCUAAAUAACUUCUGUACAUCUUAGCAAAUUCUGUUCACUUAAAGCUCUCAGAGGCCUAUAGAGUUAUACUUAUAAAUAUGUUGUCUGAAAUUAAUCUCAGAAACAUUUAUUCAGAAUAAUUUUUUAAAAUUUUAAAUAUUCAGGCACACAUCAUAAAUGACUUUUUGUUUUGAGAUGAAGUUAUUACAUUUUGAUUUUAUUUUGUUCCAUGUUUAAAUUAUUUACUUUGAUUUGAGUGGGAAAAGCUUGAACCCUUUAUCACGUGGUUGCUGAUGGGUGUAAUUAUUAAGAUGUUCACUGUUAGCCCCUUGAGCCUUAGACUUUAACCACGUGUCAGUUCAGACAGUGUUAUGACCGAACUCUGGUUUGUAAAGGAGGCCUGCUGCCCGCCAUUGACAGCCUGCUCUCUUUCCAGAGUGCCGGGAACCAAAUUGCAAACAUUUAGUUUUUAGUUCUUUUACUUCUGAGGCUGGUGAAAAAUGUAGAUGUAAUGUUGUGAGAACACUGAUUCAUAUUAAGAAAAUGUAAAUAAAUGCCUGUAGCACUUUCUUGCAGUUAAUUUGAAAACUCUGGAUGAUGAAUUUUAUUUUGUCAGUGAUUUAGACGAUUUAAAAAUGCAUGUGUAAUUUUAAUUUUGUAAUUGUUUUGACAAGCAGAAUUUACUUGGACAACUUUGUAGGUAGCCUUAACUUCUGGCCAAGUUUGUUUUUUAUAUAAAUAUAUAAAUAUAUAUAUAUAUAUACACAC